GCCGGGGGAGAACACACGCGGGGUGUAGGGGCUGAGCUCGUGGCUUCCUCCUCCAAGGGAGGCAGAAGCUCCGGAGAAAGAUCGCGAAACACGCGGGCCGCUGCGGGUCCUCUCUCCGACACGGCUCGUGGCGCCUGGCCGCCGAAGCGAUGAGCCAAGCCGCCAGCUCCCCCCCCUGCACGGAUGGUCUCGCCCACAGCUUCCUUCCUGCCCGGCGGGGCGGUGGCCGCUGCGCUCUCCGGAAGUGUCUCUGCAGCCGCUCCCCGCCGGUGCCGUCUCCCGCCGCCAGAACCAACAGCCACCAUGUCUAGCAAAAGGGCAAAGACAAAGACCACCAAGAAGCGCCCUCAGCGCGCCACUUCCAAUGUAUUUGCGAUGUUUGAUCAGUCGCAGAUCCAGGAAUUCAAGGAAGCCUUCAACAUGAUCGACCAGAACAGGGAUGGCUUCAUUGACAAAGAGGACUUGCACGACAUGCUCGCCUCCCUUGGAAAGAAUCCGACGGAUGAAUACCUGGAUGCCAUGAUGAAUGAGGCUCCGGGCCCCAUCAACUUCACGAUGUUCCUCACCAUGUUUGGUGAGAAGUUAAAUGGCACCGACCCGGAGGAUGUCAUCAGGAAUGCUUUUGCUUGCUUUGAUGAAGAAGCAACAGGGUUCAUCCAAGAAGACUACCUGCGGGAGCUGCUGACCACGAUGGGGGACAGGUUCACGGAUGAAGAGGUGGAUGAGCUGUACAGAGAGGCCCCCAUCGACAAAAAGGGCAAUUUCAACUACAUCGAAUUCACGCGCAUCCUGAAACAUGGAGCAAAAGACAAGGACGACUGAGCAAAUCCCUGAUACCUGCAGAUGAUCUCUACAAUUUUCUUUAUGUUUAAGUUUCUUCCUGAUAGAACUUGUUGCAUGCAUUUAGCUCCAAAGCUUUUGUCUCUUUCAGUAUAUUUAUCUAUUCCAGGCCAUUUAGGCACAUUUGCACCUGUAAUCAGACUGGAAGCCGGGAAAAUAUUGUGAGGGAAAGGCUACAGGACAAACAUUCCCUGGAGUUGAUAGUCCAGGAAAAUAAUCUCAAUGUUUCUGGUUUAGCUGGAUUUUUACAUUUUUGUAAUAAAUGCCAUUUUGAAAUAAAGAUUGCUGUAUAGAUAAAAUA